AUGCUUACAACUAUUGGAAUGCAACAAUUUUGGAAGGAAUGCUGGAAAAUGCAACAGCAACUUGUUAAAGGAAUAGAUUUAUCAACGGCACAACAGCCGACAUCAUCCAACGAAUCAGAAGUAGCAUCAUCACGAUCAACCACGCCGGAUACUACCGGAAACGGUAAUCAUUUGACGACAGAUCAAGACCCCAAUGAAAAAUCACCGCAACAUUCACAACGACUACAUCUUAGCGCUUUGCUUGGUGUGGAUUGUAAGGACUCUAGAAGAGGUAACGAUAAGUUAGAAUGUAAAAGACGACGAACAAGGACAAAUUUUACGGGUUGGCAAUUGGAGGAAUUGGAAAAUGCAUUUGAAGCAAGCCAUUAUCCAGAUGUAUUUAUGCGUGAGGCGUUAGCGCUACGUUUAGAUCUUCUCGAAUCACGUGUUCAGGUCUGGUUUCAAAAUCGACGGGCUAAAUGGCGUAAGAAGGAGCAAUUAAGAAAAAGUGCACAACGUGCACAAAAUCUUAUACGUGAUACUAACGGAAAUGUAAAAUCUGGUACCUCCAGUGAAACUAAGGAAAAUGAAACGAAAAGUAACGAAAGUAUUACAUUACCAAAAAAUACAUUUUCCAUCGAUAGUCUACUAGCUGCUUCAAGGGUACCACGUGGAAGACGACCAAAUGCAAAAUAUCCUCGUGUACAGGCUUGUAAAAGCAUGUCACCGUUUAUGCUUCCAUUAUUUCCAAUUACACAGCCGGCUGGUAUAACAAUACGUGAAACGACGCCAUCUUCACUACCACCUUCACCACAACCAUCGUUGUCAUUAUCAUCAGACGAAAUAAUUGAGAAGCAAACAUACACCAAUAAUUUGUGA